AUGGCCAAAUUAUUGUGUUCGUAUUUCUUCAUAUUUAUGUUUGUGUUUUCAGGUAAUUUGAUUUUAUUUACGGUGGCUCAGGAAACAAAGGAAAAUCCCAAUAAAUUGUGUACUAUGAUCAUCGAUGAACAUAAUUAUUGCCAGUCUUCUGAUUGUGGUCUAUCAUGUUAUUCGGGAUACAAUGGAGUUGGAAAAUGUCUCAAAAAUUCCAAAGCUGGUGGAAAACUUAGUUGUUUUUGUACUUAUAAUUGUUAG